CACUCCCUAGGGGACCUGGCUCUAGAGGUGACAUGCCCUUGGGGGUAGCGCCCUGGUUACCGUUCCGGACAGAUAGGAGUUGGCUGGGGGGGGGGAAGGGUGUAUAUCUCUCACCCCUACCUUAAAGGCAUCUCCAGUGACCACAAUCCCUUAAUUAAGGCAGACAUUUUGACCGGCAGCAUUUUAAUUUAAGACAUUUGAGAAAUGUACUGGACCCAUAUGCAUUGGUUGCGUAACCUGAUUAGGGUGUCCACCCACAGUUUACAGAAUGACAGACAUCACAUUUAGAUUAUGGUUAUUUAUCUUAACAGAACAUACAACUCCAGGAUGCAAUGGCGUGUGUCCUUCUUACUGAAUUCCAAUGCAAACUUUUACCAUUUUACAAUAACUGCCACAUUUACUGUUCCUCAGCCAACAAGACGAGGAACAAACAGCAAAAUCACUAACCUAAUAUCCCCCAUAAAAGUGUACCUAUUCUAUUGGUCAGCUUGUCGUUCUGCGCGAGAAAGAAAUGGCCUCUGGGACAGUUGUGGGAGAUACAACCAGUAGGCCUAGGCUACAUAACAAUAAACUUUAAAAAGCAAUGAGGUUGGUGCAACAGAUCAGAACGUUUAGCUUAGAAUGUUACUAAACUAUUUCUUCACAUUAUAAGCACAGCAAUGCACACAACGAAGUAGGCUACGCGCGAAUGUUCGUUUCAUAAUGCAAUUAGUGGAAAAACACUGUUGUCAAAAGCGCACCACACAGAGAUUAAAAUAUCCAUUAUAAGUUUUGAGAGGGGAUAUCUAAAGAUGCAGCAACUAGCAUGGGUUGCUAAUAUGACUAGGAUUGUGCCUUUGGCUACUGGACAAUGAAAGAAAGUUGAUUUUAAAACCAAUAGAACAUGAGAGAAAUAGACCACUGGUUUCAAUGGCAUAUGGAAGUCUUUGUAAAAUUAUUGCCUCCAAGUUUCUAUGGUCGGCUUUUACUUUGAAGCGAGGAAAGACAUAAUAUGAAGUAAAACGUUCAGGUUUCAAACAAUUAAGUAGUGUUUUUUCUCCAAAAUGCGUUCUGCAUUUGGUGUUCAUAGCAAAGUGGUGUGUGACGCGCUGAAGCCUGGCUAAUGUUGCACUUGAAUGGCGAAUGGGAAGCAUUCCACUCAAUUUUAAGCUAUUUUUUUUAAAGCAGUGGGGCAGUCCCGCUCACUUUGUAAAUUUUUUUGAGAUAAGAAGAUAGGAAAGUGUUGAAAAGAUGGGGAAUAUAUGGGCAGGGUGAGUCAAAGGGCAGUGGGCCGGAUUCGAACUCAUGCCGACUCUGGCAUAUGUGUGCCGGGGUCAACGGCUGUAACCUCUGUAACACACAAGCCUCUAAAUCCACAAAAUGAUGCAAAUUAUAACCUAUAAACCGAUAAGCGUGUCCAGUCAAAUGUAUUAACAUCGACUGGUAUUUCCAUAAAUUAAUAGGCAAAAAAGUAUUGUUUUGCAAUGGGAUUUUUUUUCUUCUCCCUAUGUAUCGAUUUAUUUAUUUUUUGUUGCCAAAAGCCGGCUUUACCGGCUAACGGAAAACCUGCUAUAGAUAUGCUACAUAGGGUAUUGGAUACAUUGUUAAUCCAAAUGCCAUGUGGAAAGUAGAGCAUUAUGGUCAUCUUGGCCUGAUAAUAGCCACUCUGCUAAACUAGCAUGACUGUGCUAUGCAAUGGGAAGCGUUAGCCGGUGUGGCUACGGACGUUAAUCCCGUGUGGGGUUAAGCUCAUUAGCGGAACAGUCUGCUAUGUUCAUGGUAUGUACAGUAAUGCGUUAAUGACAAAAAGACAGUUGGUAACUUUGGUUAGUGUGUUAAUAGACUUAGAAGCCCUUUAAAUUAUUAAUUGAUAUCAAAUUAUAUUGUAGUCAUAAAAUAUGGCCUAGAUAUCAGUUGUCUGUACUGCAUAUGGUAAUUGUGGUCCUCUGUAGCUCAAUUGGUAGAGCAUGGUGCUUGUAACGCCAGGGUAGUGGGUUCGAUCCCCGGGACCACCCAUACGUAAAAAUGUAUGCACACAUGACUGUAAAUCGCUUUGGAUAAAAGCGUCUGCUAAAUGGCAUAUUAUUAUUUAUUAUUAUUACAUCCUCCCUCACUCCGUACCCAGCCCCACUUAUUUGGCUAAUGGUAUCAGAACAUGCCGAGGGUUGAGAGUAGGGUGGAAUUAUAACAGAUUGCAAUCUCAUUGAUUUUAUCUUAGAGAAGACAAAGACCCAAUCCCAAAUCGAUCCUUGCCCCCUAGGUGUUUCUGAAUAUAUAAGUUGAUUGGAUAGGUGUAAGAAACAUUGUAAUAGUUCCACCUUGCCUUCUGAUGGUUAGGCAGAAUAUUUGCCAUAUUGCUUAAACACCUAUCCAGCCCUCUCAAUUAGAUUUGGGAUAGUGUCGGAGGAACGGACACCGUCUGUGUGCACACCGUCUGUCCUAAAUUGUUUGUAUGGUGUUGAGUAAAUUGCCUGUGAAUAAUAUGAAAGGUAAAUGUGUGUGUGUGUGUGUGUGUGUGUGUAAACUCCAUGUGUGUGUGUUACGUGGUGCGCUAGUGUAAUCUCAUUGGACCUAAUCUCAUUAGGGGAAGGGGCUGAGGCUGCAUAUCCCUCAGGCUCGUCACUAUGGCAAUGGGUGCCAGUGAGGCACUGGGUAACGCCAUGUAGACCAUAUGCCUGGCAACAGUCGGAGGGUGUGUGCGUUCAGUAGGCAUGGAAAGGAGAAAAUGUUUAGAACAUUAGGAGGGAGCCUAGUAGUAGUACUAAUGGUCAAUCUGGUUCCAGGAGCUUUUAAUCAUAGUGCUUAUAAGACCAGGGUUGUGGUUUUGAUUCCUGCAUGUACCACCUAUACCAGUCAUUUAGCAGAUGCUCUUAUCCAGAGCGACUUACAGUUAGUGAGUGCAUACAUUAUUUUUUUAUUUUUUCAUACUGGCCCCCCGUGGGAAUCGAACCCACAACCCUGGCGUUGCAAACGCCAUGCUCUACCAACUGCGCUACAUCCCUGCCGGCCAUUCCCUCCCCUAACCUGGACGACGCUGGGCCAAUUGUGCGCCGCCCCGUGGGUCUCCCGGUCGCGGCCGGCUACGACAGAGCCUGGAUUCGAACCAGGAUCUCUAGUGGCACAGCUAGCACUGCGAUGCAGAGCCUUAGACCACUGCGCCACUCGGGAGGACGAUGCUAGAUUGCAUUGUCAGUCGCCACCAUAUUUUUGUCUCUGUUAGACUGUCUCUCAUGUAGGCCAGUGACGCUCACCCAUCCCCCCCAACAAGCAGACUCUUUCUCUUUUUCUCCCUCCUGUAUCCCUCCUCUCAUCUCACCCCUUGUUUAUGCUUUAUUAAAUGGCCGCCUUCUCUACUCUCACUGCUGUAAUUUGCCUUCCUCCAUCACAUCCCUUUCUUCACCUUUCAUGUUCUACCAAUAGCCUCCAUCUUUCUUUCUCUUAACCACCGUUUGAAAUCAGCCUCUACUCUUAGACAUUUUGAUAUGGAUGGGUGUAACUAAGCAAUACUACUGUAGCUCCGCUUCUCCUCCCUAGCCCUCGGGGUAAGGUGGCUAGGAAUCUGUAUGCCAAAUGCAACAGCUGAAACGGAUAAGGAGGGGAUUCAAUAGGAAUCUAAAUGAAUGUAGAUGCAGACCGUAACAUAUUCCCACUUGUUAAUUAGCCUAAGUAAUUAGUGUACUGUUAUUCCGCCAUACUUCUUAUUAAAACACUUUUGGACAGCUGACGAGCAAACGCACAUUUUCUUCAAGAAAUGUACCUUUUCUAGUUUAUUAAUUGCUCUCUCUUCUCUCCCUUAGACUAUGGAGCUGAAGACGAGGUAUGUUCUGCUGCUGGCCGUGGGCCUGUGCGCCACACUGCUACUGACCACGGUGACCGCCCACCAGGAGGACGACGACGACGAGCCUAUCAUGGAGAUGGGGGGCGACAUGGACGUGGAAGACGAGAUGGAGGAGCUUGGCCUCGGGGAGGAGCUUCUGGACGGGGAGGUUGAGGCAGUCACGCCCCCAGGACCACCUCCAGCCCCUAAAGUAAGUUUAUCCCAUCCCAAUCACCUAGACCAGUGUGUGUGUAAGGUUAUGGUUUUAGUCGUAAAAAUCCCAGUUUUGGUAGAAAGCGUGGCUCUUAUCUUCCAUUCUAGCAUCCCCAGAUUGUGACAGCCAAAGAGAAAAGGUUAGGCCUACGUGGCUGCUCACUGUUCCCCUCGCAAAGUAAUUGAUCGUCAUUUAGUUUGCUGCAUGGAUAGUCUGCAUUGUACACAGAUACAAGCCAAUCUACCCCUAUUCAGUAGUCACAUGUCCAUUGUGAAAGGGCUGUAGAGUGAGUGGAGGAAUGAAUGUGAUUCACACCACCACAAAUGAUAGAGGCUAAGCAUGUGCCGGGACUGCUUAGUGUCCUUCCUCCCUGCACUAGUUAGGCUCUGAUUUGAACUAUAUGUUAUAUCUCUACAUAAGGGAUGAGAAGUUUCCAGUAGUAAAUUGGCCUGACGACUCACGCUAAAUUCUUCCACCGCUCUGUUGUUCGCAACAUAUUUUCAUCUGAGACUGCCAUCAUUGAAGUCGUCUGUGGUGACGAGGGGCGUGAGGGGUGUUGUACAAAACAAAGUAAUCAGCGAUUGGAUCGUCUCUAACCAAUCAGGGUAUCAAAGCCAAUGAGGAAUUUUCUAACCGCCACUUUACCCUUGUGUGUUCUGGCUCUGGCCCAAUCCAUCGGUUUCUGGACCAAUCAGACCUCCCCGAAUGUGUUCACAUCGGUAAAGGUUCGGGCAGGUACUCAGAUCCAUACUCACUGCGGAGAAGAAACUAACGUCCGUGGGCAUAGCGUAACGUUUGGCCAGAGCCAGUGGUGAAUAGCUCACUAGCCUGACAUCAGUGGAGGCAGGGAGACAUUUAAAAAAAAAUAAGAUGCGUUGGGAGAUGCGUUGACUAGCAAUGCGACAUGAAGGUUUACUAUCUGGCUGACCUAUGUCCUCCCAUUGCUCUUGCAUAGGACACACACCCCUACAAGUGGCCUGGUUGGCACACUAAACUCCUCUUAUCUGGAGCCAGUUAGUGGAAGAGCUGACCCAGUGAACCACUGACCCCUCUCUGCUCUUCUCUAGGUGACCUACAAAGCGCCCGAGCCCAUGGGGGAACACUUCUUCGCCGAGUCCUUUGACAGGGGGACCCUUGACAGGUGAGCACUCAUUGGCUUCCCCUGAGUUUUUUAAAUUCAACUUUGAAAACAGUGCUGUUAAAAGCAGGCGCCGUUAUAUAAUUUAUUAUACAAAUGAAGUCUAUAUCAGAGAAGAUAUGAUAUUCAAACAUGCUGCCCUGAAACGAAAUAGCCUAGGUGUUAUAAACUGUGUCUUGUCUCUUCUUUUCAUGUGUCACACUGUAGGACCAGCUGCUAUUUUGACUUUUUCGAAGGAUAAACACGAACCCAGCGCCUACUCCAUUCCCCCAGGGGCUGCCCCUAUCGUGUCCAGGUGCAACCGUGUUUAGUUGAUUCUCAAGUAAUCUCGCUUUUCCUGUUUUGUUUCAGCUGGGUCCUUUCAAAGGCCAAGAAGGAGGACAUUGACGAGGAUAUCGCCAAGUAUGACGGUAGGCACCAAGACAAGUCCUCGCUGACACAUUGGAACAUAAAGCAUUCUUCUGGGUAGUAUUCAUUAGGGCACAACUUAGCAAAACAUUUUGCAACUAAAAUGAAAAAUGUGUGUUAUUGGACAAGUUGAGGUGGUCCUUCCGUUUCAGUCAAUUUUCUUCAGUUUAGUGCCUAAUGAAUACGACCUAGGUUCGGCUCCGUUCAGGCAGUUAUCAAGUGAGUACACUCCUUUACUUAUGUAUUCGACCUCCAUCUUGCAGGUAAAUGGGAGGUGGAGGACAUGAAGGACGGCAAGCUGCCCGGAGACAAGGGCCUGGUCCUCAAGUCCCGUGCCAAGCACCACGCAAUCUCAGCCCAGCUCCUCAGGCCCUUCAUCUUCGACACCAAGCCCCUCAUCGUCCAGUAUGAGGUCAACUUCCAGCAAGGGAUCGACUGCGGCGGUGCCUACGUCAAAUUGCUCUCCCAGACCCCUGACCUUAACCUGGUAAGAACACGCACACCGUGGUAUUUAAGAUGGAAAACAUCAAAUGUAACCGCAGACUUCCUUUGUACGUGCUCCCAAAGGUGUUUAUGUAUUAAAAACGAUGUUUAGACCCGAGCUGUCUUCAUCCGUACAAACAUAUUUCUUACCCAAUUCAUCUGCAUGUAGACUCGCCUCCUUGAGGUUAAUGUAGUUAUUCUGCCCUUCAGGAUGAGUUUGUUGACAAGACUCCCUACACCAUCAUGUUCGGACCAGACAAGUGUGGCGAGGACUACAAGCUGCACUUCAUCUUCCGCCACAAGAACCCCAAGACUGGCGAAUAUGAGGAGAAGCACGCCAAGAAGCCCGACGCAGACCUGCGCACCUACUACACCGACAAGAAGACCCACCUUUACACACUGGGUAAGACAGUUCAACAUGUUCUUCGAUGGUCUACUAGACUACACUGACAAGAAGACUCGCCUAGGGAGAGAACAUGGUGAACAAGAUAGUUUCACAUGUUCUAUGAAUCAGGUAUGCUAAUGGUUUAGUACAUAUCCCCCGCUGUAACUGGUGCCUAUUCACGUGCAAUGUCACAUAACGAUCAGAUAGAAAUGUGUUGUGUAGAACACAUGAUUGUAUGCCAGUUAGAUUAGGGAAUCGUGUUCACUCUACUUGUUACAUUUCUGUCAUUUCCAGUUUUACUCCUCUAACCAUCUCUACCUACCUCUUCUCUUUCUCUCUGCUGCCUCCUAGUGUUGAACCCAGACAACAGCUUUGAGGUGCUGGUGGACCAGACGGUGGUGAACAGUGGUAACCUGCUGACGGACAUGACCCCGCCCAUCAACCCUGCCGCCGAGAUCGAGGACCCCGACGACCACAAGCCAGAGGAUUGGGACGAGAGGCCCAAGAUCCAGGACUCUGACGCAGUCAAACCCGAGGACUGGUAAGUGUGCACAUUUUAAGUGUGGGUGAAAAAUGGGCUAUUUCGACAGGUUUUCUUACGUGUUGAAGUUACACAGCGUGUGCACGUGCGUUUCAAAUGUAGUUGGGGAAAGUAUGUCUGUGUGUCACCUGUGGACAGUUGUACCUUUUUUAUUUCUGAUGCCAGGUGUGCUUAUGUGUUGGUGUGUGUACCCUCUGACUCUCUCCCCUGUUCCAUAGGGAUGAGGAUGCGCCGAAACAGAUCCCGGAUGAGGAUGCAGUGAAGCCAGACGGCUGGCUGGACGAUGAGUCCGAGUACACCAGCGACCCCGACGCAGUCAAGCCCGAGGACUGGUAACUACGAUACCUUUACUCUCCCUUUCCGCUCAUCCUACCCCCACUCUACCCCUACUACUAUCUCAAACUCUGCUGCCCCUCUCCUCUCUCUCCCCAUCUCCCCAUCUCCUCUGUCUCUCUCUACCCUCAUCUGCCACUCUAUUCUUCGCCCCCUCCCUUCCAUCUCUCUCUCCUACUCUCUGCCCUUCAUCUACCACUCUACUCCCUCCCCUCUGUCUUCUCUGUCCCCUCAUGGUGUAUCCUUAUCUGGUUUAGCCCUCUCAUUUCUUGGAAGCGAAUUGCUAGUGUUUGCGGCAGCUCCUCCUCUUCACUGUGGAGAGAGCGGGCUUCCUGGUGAGAGGAGCUAAUAUCACACGGCGCGCUUUGCCUCAGGACAGCCAGGCCUGUUUUUUUGGGCUCUGAAGAGCUCCCCUGUCACUGUCUUUGAUGUCUCACUUCUGUGUCUGUGGCGGAAAUUAAAUUAGGGCACCCAGAGAAGAGCUAGAGGAACGAGACACAGUGGAUAAAGGGGAUAGAUAGAAAAGGAAGAGGGAGGAAAAAGAGAUGGUGGAGGGGACGGCUAAUGACCCCUUUUUAGAGGUCUUCUUAAAUGCUGUUAUUUGUCACUUAUGCCUUCUCGUUCUGUCAGUUGGAUAUUUUUUGUGUUCUUUUGCUUUCUCACACCUACAGUAACUUGUAACCGUAUAUCAUCAUUUUGUACACUGUAUGGCGUCGUCUGUAUUGUGAUCUGUGAUGUUUUCAUAACUCUCUGUCUUUUUCUCCAGGGAUGAGGAUAUGGAUGGUGAGUGGGAGGCCCCUCAGGUCCCUAACGCCCUCUGUGAGAUCGCCCCUGGCUGUGGCGCCUGGCAACGGCCCAUGAUUGACAACCCCAGCUACAAGGGCAAGUGGAAGGCCCCCAUGAUCGACAAUCCCAACUACCAGGUAACCCUUGACACCUCCCAACCUGUACCAUAUACCAAAGCAUCAGCCACUUUAGGAAAAUGUUUCACCCCAGUGCAGUGUGGAGCCUAAAUAACAUACACACAAUGGUUGCACUUGCUCUUUCACAUUCUGUGUUUGUAUUGUUGAGAGCCUACUUUUUCUUAUCUUGCAUAUGUGACUUUGUGUUCUUUUCUUUCAAAACAAUCUCCUUCUACCCUUUUUUACUACUGAGCUCUCGUUGCAGAGAAAUCCCAAUGUAUGUACUUACAAAUGGCUCCCCAAAAUAAUUGUUUAUGAAUGCAACUCACAGUACUGUGCCCUGUACCCUCAAUGUACCUCCCACUCACUGUGCUCUCUAUCUCUCCUCCCCUAGGGUGUGUGGAAGCCCAGGAAGGUCGCCAACCCGGCCUUCUUCGAGGACCUCCAUCCCUUCAGAAUGACCCCCUUCAUCGCCGUGGGCCUGGAGCUGUGGUCCAUGUCCAGCGACAUCUUCUUUGAUAACUUCUUCAUCACCAACGAGAGGCACACGGCCGAUCUCUGGGCCAACGAUGGUUGGGGCCUGAAGAAGGCUGCUGAGGGAGCUGCUGAGGUGGGUUUAAUAGCACACGGGUACACAGAGAGACGGGUACACAGAGAGACGGGUACACACAGAGGCUUCAUGACUAGUUGAUAAAACUUCUCAAAUUCUUCACACAAAAUAUACAGACAUUUGAUGAGGAACGAUAUGCAGCGCAAUCAUCUGACAUUUCAAGCAGUUCCAUGAGAUCUCUCCUAAUCACACUUCUAUCCUAACUAUAGAACUUUCAGCUUCUCAUUUGCAUGGGAUUCCUCUUGCAUCUAUGAAGUUCCCAAUGGACAGUUUGUUUUGCAGCAACUAGAACUAAGGGACCUAUCCUUGUAUCCAGAGACUCAAACCUCUCCAGGGAGAAAUGCUGAUAUUUGUAGCAUUGCUGUUUCUACAUGAUGCAAGCCUCUAGCCUCUAGUCUCUGGGCUAAACAAUAGUCAAGUCAGAUUAACUAGCGGUGAGAUGUUGUCCAACUAUACUGAACAAAAAUAUAAAUGCAACUAUUUCAACGAUUUUACUGAGUUACAGUUCAUAUAAGGAGAUCAGUCAAUUGAAAUAAAUUCAUUAGGCCCUAAUCUAUGGAUUUCACAUGACUGGGCAGGGGCGCAGCCAUUGGCCUUGGAGGGCAUAGGCCCACCCACUUGGAGGGCAUAGGCCCACCCACUUGGGAGCAAGGCCCACCCACUGGGCCCAUUGGCUCAGGCCCAGCCAAUCAGAAUGUUUUUCCCAACAAAAGGGCUUUAUUGCAGACAGAAAUACUCCUCAGUUUCAUCAGCUGUCCGGGUGGCUGGUCUCAGACAAUCCCGCAGGUAAAGAAGCAGGAUGUGGAAGUCCUGGCCUGGCGUGGUUACACGUGGUCUGCGGUUGUGAAGUCAGUUGGAUGUACUGCCAAAUUCUCUAAAAUGACGUUGGUAGAAAAAUUUACAUUCAAUUCUCUGGCAACAGCUCUGGUGGACAUUUCUGCAGUCAGCGUGCCAACUGCAUGCUCCCUCAACUUGAGACAUCUGUGGCAUUGUGUUGUGAGACAAAACUGCACAUUUUAGAGUGGCCUUUUAUUGUCCCCAGCACAAGGUGCACCUGUGUAAUGAUCAUGCUGUUUAAUCAGCUUCUUGAUAUCCCACACCUGUCAGGUGGAUGGAUUAUCUUUGCAAAGGAGAAAUGCUCACUAACAGGGACGUAAACAAAUUUGAGCGAAAUAAGCUUUUUGUGCGUAUGGAACAUGGGACCAACACUUUACAUGUUGCGUUUAUAUUUUUGUUCAGUAUACAUGCCUAGUAUCAGGGGCCGUAGGUAUCAAUUGUCUCACAGUAGGGAUGGGCAUUAUAGUCGAAUAUACGGAUAUCCGAACGGAUGUUAGUAUUCGAUUACUUGAGUGAGUGUUCAUUUUUGGAGAAACAAAAUUGUGGGCCUAUUUGUACAAUGCAAAAGCUUUGUCUAAAUUAAAAUUAUCCUUGUGACAUUUUUACCUCCAAGGAUGUACCAUGACUAGGGCCCUAUAACGUGGACGGAAUAACAGAAUGCAGACAUUAAAGCGGAAUUCAACAAUAUUCAAAAAUAUAUUGAACAUUGGUAGGCAAUCAACUAAAUGUAUUGAAAAUGUAUACAUUUGCCCAAGUUUAUCAUAAGACAUGAAACGAAUGCAUCAGUGAUUCGUAUUUCCUGUAACUUUCUGAAGAGGCAAUGAGAAUUUCCCCAAUCUGUGGACACGUUUACCACUUUUUGUAGCCAUUAGCGAUGAUGUUAAUGAAAAGUCUUCUGGUAGAUGGAAAGGCUUUCCCAAAACCUUCUCAAUUAAUUAACUACAAAGUAGCCUAUGCUUACCUUGCAGAAUGAUAUCAUGAUUAUUUGCAUCAAUUCAGUGGGUAUUGGUUUAGCAAACUACCAUAAUAUGUGCAUUACAAAAACACCGCUAUACAAAAGCCUCUUUCUAGGUGCACACUGAAAUGUAAGGGUAUCAACAUUUCUCAACAUUUUCCCAGACCUCAAAAGUAGUCUCCUGAUAUGGUUUAAGCAUGGUUGUGGACUCUAUUCCUUUGUUGUUUUUCUAUUUUUUUUAAAAGUGUGAUUUUGAGAGUGAAAACCUGAAAAGGCAGGGGGAAACCUGGAAAAGCAAAACGGAGAAACGAAUUUAGGAAUAAACUACACGGAAACAGGCAAAAAAUAUAACUGAUUUUUCUAGGGCCCUACAUGACGUUUGAAAUUCUUAAUUCAAUAAAACGCCAAUCUUUUGAAUGUAGCUUUUAUAACGGUGUGUUGAGCUACAGCUGUGAUAGCGUACUGCUGUGUAUUUAGUCCUCCAGGCUGGCCUGACAUCGGUAUGCUAUUUUCCCUACUUCAAAUAGCAAUUACAGAUGCUCACCUAACGGCUUUUCCACAACACCUGACACAGAUCAAUGCAAAACACUCAACAGAAAAACUUUUUGUAACGGGAUGAGUUCUGUCAUGGUGAAAAUCUGAACAUCUCUUUCGCUGUUACUGUUAGCCAAACCACCGGAGAAAAGCAGUGUGUCCACAGUGUGUCCGCCAUGUGCAUUUGCGUCAUUCUGAUUGGUCGAGAGUCAAUAGCAAUUUAUUUAUUUUAUUGUUUUUCAACUAUCUGGAUAUUGGAAAAAAUGUAAUUUAUUUGAAUAGUAAAAUAAUUAAACUGCCCAUCCCUAUCUGAGUAGGAUCAGAUCCCUCCUGUCCAUUUAAUCUUAUUCAUUAUAAUCUAAAAGGCCAAACUGAUCCUAGAUUAGCACGCCUAUGCUGAGACGGACCGUCCUACCCCCAAUCCUAACAGUAACCAUUAGGAGUGGAUGAGAAAAUGUCUCUGUGUUAGUGGUAACUUCUCUGCCUGUGUCUUCUCAUGGGGACACCAGACCAGACACACUCCCCACGCCCUUCAGAGGAAUGCUGCUGGCUAUCCUGGCUCUGUGUUCCGUGUGACUUGUGGAAAACCCUUCCCUGCCCCGCCCCUAAGUGGAAACAGACAUACAUGUGGUGUUCUAGGGGGAGAGAGAGAGAGAGGCUGAGCAGUAACAGUGGAACAGUCACUGUCACCAUGCUCCAGCUGCUCCUCUGUAUAAUGAGUUAGCUUUAGUUGAAAAGCUUCUUGAGCAGGCCUAGCAUGGUGGUUGGUGCAUACUUGCACCGCUAGAGUACACUGUUCCAUAGAACCGAAUUUACAACUGGAACUGUGGCACUAUUGAGAAGCAGUAGCCCUGCUUCACACACACACACACACCUACACUGGCUAGCUUGCUGGCGCCGACGAAGAUGGCGGCCUCGUGACAAGCUCUUAGGAAACUUUGCGGUAUUUUUAAUUUUUGAUGUAUUCGUUUUUACAUUAUUAGCUCAGAAUGUGUUUUGUAUCAUUACAUACAGCCGGGAAAAACUAUUUGGAUAUCAGAGCGGCGGUAACUCACCAGCAUUACGACCAGGAAUACGACUUUCCCGAAGCAGAUUCUUUGUUUGCUCUCCCCAGGGCAACUGAACUGAUUCCAGCGGCUGACCCAAAACAUUGCCGGCGGAGGAGAGGCACUCGGAGCGGCCUGCUGGUUCGACUUAGGAGGCGCGCACACCACCCACCGCUUCCAAGUAUAUUACUCGCUAAUGUUCAGUCUUUGGAUAACAAGAUUGACGAGCUCAGGGCAAGGAUCUCUUUCCAGAGAGACAUCAAGGCCUGUAACAUACUUCAUGGAAACAUGGCUCUCUGGGGAUAUUCUGUCGAAAUCGGUCCAGCCAGAUGGGUUCUCAGUGCAUCACGCAGACAGAAAUAAACAUCUCUCCGGGAAGCAGAAGGGCGGAGGUGUGUGUUUCAUGAUUAACGACUCAUGGUGUAAUUGUAGUAACAUACUGGAACUCAAGUCCUUUUGUUCACCCGACCUAGAAUACCUCACAAUCAAAUGCCGACCGUAUUAUCUCCCAAGAUAAUUUUCUUUGGUUAUAGUCAUGGCCGUGUAUAUCCCCCCUCAAGCCGAUACCACGACGGCCAUCAAAGAACUUCACUGGACUUUUUGCAAACUGGAAACCACAUAUCCUGAGGCGGCAUUUAUUGUAGGCGGGGAUGUUAACAAAGCAAAUUUGAGGACUAGGCUGCUGAAGUUCUAUCAACAUAUCGACUGUUGUACUCGAACUUCCGGGGUGGCUACAAGGCCCUCCCCCGCCCUCCUUUCGGCAAAUCUGACCACGACUCCAUUUUUCUCCUCCCUUCCUAUAGGCAGAAACUCAAACAAAGUACCCGUGCUAAGGACUAUUCAACGCUGGUCUGAUCAAAGGGAAUCCACGCUUCAAGAUUGUUUUGAUCACGCGGACUGGGAUAUGUUCCGGGUAGCUUGCGAAAAUAAUUUAGACGAAUACACUGAAACGGUGACUGAGUUUAUCAGCCACGUCGCCGACACCAACGUCUCGCUUCCAGACAAGCUAAACACCUCCUGCGCCCGCUUUGAGGAUAACACAGUGCCACCGACGCGGCCCACUACCAAGGACUGUGGGCUCUCCUUCUCCGUAGCCGACGUGAGUAAGACAUUUAAGCAUGUUAACCCCCGCAAGGCUGCCGGCCCAGACGGCAUCCCUAGCCGCGUCCACAGAACAUGCGCAGACCAGCUGGCUGGUGUGUUUACGGACAUAUUCAAUCUCUCCCUAUCCCAGUCUGCUGUUCCCACAUGCUUCAAGAUGGCCACCAUUGUUCCUGUACCCAAGAAAGCAAAGGUAACUGAACUAAAUGACUAUCGCCCCGUAGCACUCACCUCUGUCAUCAUGAAGUGCUUUGAGAGACUAGUCAAGGAUCAUAUCACCUCUACCUUACCUGUCACCCUAAACCCACUUCAAUUUGCUUACCGCCCCAAUAGAUCCACAGACGAUGCAAUCGCCAUCACACUGCACACUGGCCUAUCCCAUCUGGACAAGAGGAAUACCUAUGUAAGAAUGCUGUUCAUUGACUAUAGCUCAGCAUUCAACACCAUAGUACCCUCCAACCUCAUCAUUAAGCUCGAGGCCCUGGGUCUGAACCCCGCCCUGUGCAACUGGGUCCUGGACUUCCUGACGGCCGCCCCCAGGUGGUGAAGGUAGGAAACAACAGCUCCACUUCGCUGAUCCUCAACACUGGGGCCCCACAAGGGUGCGUGUUCAGCCCCCUCCUGACUCCCUGUUCACCCAUGACUGCGUGGCCAAGCACGCCUCCAACUCAAUCAUCAAGUUUGCAGACGACACAACAGUAGUAGGCUUGAUUACCAACAAUGACGAGACCGCCUACAGGGACGAGGUGAGGGCUCUGGGAGUGUGGUGCCAGGAAAACAACCUCUCACUCAACGUCAACAAAACAAAGGAGAUGAUCGUGGACUUCAGGAAACAGCAGAGGGUGCACCCCCCUAUCCACAUCGACGGGACCGCAGUGGAGAAGGUGGAAAGCUUCAAGUUCCUUGGCGUACACAUCACUAACAAACUUAAAUGUUCCACCCACGCAGACAGUGUGGUGAAGAAAGCGCAAAAGAGCCUCUUCAAACUCAGGAGGCUGAAUAAAUUUGUCUUGGCACCUAAAACCCUCACAAACUUUUACAGAUGCACAAUUGAGAGCAUCCUGUCGGGCUGUAUCACCGCCUGGUACGGUAACUGCACCGCCCGCAACCGCAGGGCUCUCCAGAGGGUGGUGCGGUCUGCUGAACGCAUUACCGGGGGCAAACUACCCGCCCUCCAGGACACCUACAGCACCCGAUGUCACAGGAAGGCCAAAAAGAUCAUCAAGGACAUCAACCACCCGAGCCACUGCCUGUUCACCCCGCUAUCAUCCAGAAGGCGAGGUCAGUACAGGUGCAUCAAAGCUGGGACCGAGAGAAUGAAAAACAGCUUCUAUCUCAAGGCCAUCAGACUGUUAAAUAGCCAUCACUAGCACACUAGAGGCUGCUGCUGCCUAUUGAAAUCACUGGCCACUUUAAGAAAUGGAACACUAGUCACUUUAAUAAUGUUUACAAAUCUUGCAUUACUCAUCUCAUAUGUGUAUAUACUUAUUCUAUAAUAUUCUACUAUAUCUUAGUCCAUGCCGCUCUGUCAUUGCUUGUCCACAUAUGUAUAUAUUCUUAAAUUCCAUUCCUUACUUAGAUUUGUGUGUAUUGGGUAAAUGUUGUGAAAUUGUUAGAUAUUACUUGUUAGAUAUUACUGCACUGUCGGAGCUAGAAGCACAAGCAUUUCACUACACCUGCAAUAACAUCUGAUAAACGCGUGUAUGUGACAAAUACAAUUUGAUUUGACACCUUCCACUGAGGUCACCCUAUAGGUGGUGGUCUCACUCCUUUGCAGUUGAGGUGUCACACGUGUGUGUGUGGAGCGGUAGAGUUGUGGUGAGUCCAGGGGGGGAUGGUGGUGGCUCGUACCCAGGGAUUAGCCGAAUAGCCGUCAGUUGGCCGCCUCAUCAAAAUUCCUGCAGCCCGGUACCGAUGCUGCCUUUUUUCCUAAAGGUGAAUUCCUGGGAUGCCUGGCAUGUUGGGCUUAAUGGCCCUCUCUCUCUACACAGCUAGGCCGCCCAUUCCCUCACUCUCGCUUUCUCACAGUUUUGAGCACUCUGCUCAUUUUCUGCUCCCCCUCUCUCUCUCCCUCGCUCUCUCAUUCUCGCUGUUGCGGUCCAGUUUCCUCUCUCUCUCUGUUGCUCUGUUGCUGUCCAGUUUCCUCUCUCGCCCUCUCUCGUUCUAGCUAUUUUCUCUUACUCUCGCACACGUUCUCUCCAUCAGAGCAGCACACACACGGCCUUACUAGCUACAGUGCCUGCAGAAAGUAUUCACUCCCCUUGACUUUUUCCACAUUUUGUUGUGUUACAGUCUGAAUUUAAAAUUGAUAAAAUUUAGAUUUUUUUUGUCACUCGCCUACACACAAUACCCCAUAAUGUCAAAGUGGAAAGAAGUUUUUUGAAUUUAUUACAAAUUCAUUACAAAUGAAAAGCUGAAAUGUCUUGCGUCAAUAAGUAUUCAAGCCUAAAUAAGGAGUAAAAAUGUGCUUAACAACUCACAUAAUAAGUUGCAUGGACUCACUCUGUGUGCAAUAAUAGUGUAUAACAUGAUUUUUGAAUGACUACCCCAUCUCUGUACCCCACACAUAGUUAUCUAUAAGGUCCCUCAGUCGACCAGUGAAUUUCAAACAGAUUCAACCACAAUCCAAUGCCUCUCAAAGAAGGGCAUAUAUUGGUAGAUGAAUAAUAAUAUAUAUAUUUUAAAGCAGACACUGAAUAUCCCUUUGAGCAUGGUGUAGUUAUUAAUUACACUUUGGAUGGUGUAUACAAUUCAAUACACCCAGUCACUACAGGCGUCCUUCCUAACUCAGUUGCCGGAGAGGAAGGAAACCACUCCGGGAUUUCACAAUGAGGCCAAUGGUGACUUUUAAAACAGUUACAGAGUUUAAUGGCUGUGAUAGGAGAAAAUUGAGGAUGGAUCAACAACAUUGUAGUUACUCCACAAUACUAACCUAAUUGACAGUGACAAGAAGGAAGCCUGUACAAAAUAAAGAUAUUCCAAAACAUGCAUCCUGUUUGGAACAAGGCACUAAAGGAAUACUGCAAAAAAUGUGGCAAAGCAAAUUAAGUCUUUGUCCUGAAUACAAAGUGUUAUGUUUGGGGCAAAUCCAAUAAAACACAUUACUGACUACCACUCUCCAUAUUUUCAAGCAUAGUGGUGGCUGCAUCAUGUUAUGGGUAUGCAUGUAACAGUUAAGGACUGGGGAGUUUUUCCAGGAUAAAAAAGAAAUGGAGUGGUGCUAAGCAAAGGCAAAAUCCUAGAGAAAAACCUGGUUGUCUGCUUUUCACCAGACACUGGGAGACUAAUUCACCUUUCAGCAGGACAAUAACCUAAAACACAAGGCCAAAUCUACACUGAAGUUGCUUACCAAGAAGACAGUGAAUGUUCCUGAGUGGCCGAGUUACAGUUUUGACCUAAAUCUAUUUGAAAGUCUAUUGCAAGACCUGAAAAUUGUUAUCUAGAAAUGAUCAUCAACCAAUUUGACAGAGCUUGAAGGAUUUUGAAAAGAAUAAUGGGAAAAUGUUGCACAAUCCAGGUGUGGAAAGCUCUUAAGAGACUUACCCAGAAAGAUUCAUAGGUGUAAUCACUGCCAAAGCUGCUUCUACAAAGUAUUGACUAAGGGGUGUGAAUACUUAUGUAAAUUAAAUAUUUCUGUAUUUCAUUUUCAAUAAAUUUGCAAAAAUUUCUAAAAACAUGUUUUCACUUUGGCAUUCAAUGUGUGUAGAUGUGUAAAACAAUAUUUAAUCCAUGUUGAAUUCAGGCUUUAACAAAAAUGUGGAAUAAGUCAAGGGGUAUGAAUACUUUCUGAAGGCACUGUACAUACCACUCACAGUGAACCACGGAGCUCGCUGAGAAUUCCACUGCCUAAUUUUUUGCUCUACGGAUCAGUUGGUUUUACACCGGUAGCGCUGCCGGGGCAGUUGGCUGUCACUAUUAAUAUGGAAAUGCUUGUCUCAGAUCUGCCAUAUGCAUGUAAUUGGGACGCACACCCUCCCGUGCAUUGUCACUGCUACGAAACGGUCUCACAGAAUAGGCAAGACUUUUGUUAGGACUUACAGUACCAGUCAUAAGUUUAGACACACCUACUCAUUCAAGGGUUUUUAUUUUUAUUUAUUUUUAGUUUUUUACAUUGUAGAAAAUAGUGAAGACAAACUAUGAAAGAACACAUAUGGAAUCAUGUAGUAACCAAAAAAGUGUUAAACAAAUGAAAAUAUAUUUGAAAAUCUUCAAAUAGCCACCCUUUGCCUUGAUGUCAGCUUUGCACACUCUUGGCAUUCUCUCAACCAUCUUCACCUGGAAUGCUUUUCCAACGGUCUUGAAGGAGUUCCCACAUAUGCUGAGCACUUGUUGGCUGCUUUUCCUUCACUCUGCCGUCUAACUCAUCCCAAAUCAUCUCAAUUGGGUUGAGGUCGGGGGAUUGUGGAGGCCAGGUCAUCUGAUGCAGCACUCCAUCACUCUCCUUAUUGGUAAAAUAGCCCUUACACAGCCUGGAGGUGUGUUGGGUCAUUGUCCUGUUGAAAAACAAAUGAUAAUCCCACUAAGCCCAAACCAGAUGGGAUGGCGUAUCACUGCAGAAUGCUGUGGUAGCCGUGCUGGUUAAGUGUGCCUUGAAUUCUAAAUAAAUCACAGACCGUGUCACCAGCAAAGCACCCCCACACCAUAACACCACCACCUCCAUGCUUUACGGUGGGAACUACACAUGCGGAGAUAAUCCGUUCACCCACACUGCGUCUCACAAAGACACUGCGGUUUGAACCAAAAAUCUCAAAUUUGGACUCCAUAACAAAGGACACAUUUCCACCGGUCUAAUGUCCGUUGCUCGUGUUUCUUGGCCCAAGCAGGUCUAUUCUUCUUAUUGGUGUCUUAGUAGUGGUUUCUUUGCAGCAAUUUGACCACGAAGGCCUGAUUCACACAGUCCCUUCUGAACAGUUGAUGUUGAGAUGUCUGUUACUUUAAAUCUGUGAAACAUUUAUUUGGGCUGCAAUUUCUGAGGCUGGUAACUCUAAUGAAUUUAUCCUCUGCAGCAGCAGUAACUCUGGGUCUUCCAUUCCUGUGGCGGUCCUCAUGAGAGCCAGUUUAAUAAUAGCGCUUGAUGGUUUUUGCGACUGCACUUGAAGAAACGUUCAAAGUUCUUGAAAUGUUCCGUAUUGACUGACCUUCAUGUCUUAAAGUAAUGAUGGACUGUCGUUUCUCUUUGCUUAUAUGAGUUGUUCUUGCCAUAAAUGGACUUGGUCUUUUACCAAAUAGGGCUGUCUUCUGUAUACCCUCCCUACCUUGUCACAACACAACUGAUUGGCUCAAACGCAUUAAGAAGGAAAGAAAUUCCAUAAAUUAACUUUUAACAAGGCACACCUGUUAAUUGAAAUGCAUUCCAGGUGACUACCUCAUGAAGCUGGUUGAGAGAAUACCAAGAGUGUGCAAAGCUGUCAUCAAGGCAAAGGGUGGCUAUUUGAAGAAUCUCAAAUAUAAAAUAUAUUUUGAUUUAACACUUAAUUUUGGUUACUACAUGAUUCCAUAUGUGUUCUUUCAUAGUUGUGAUGUCUUCACUAUUAUUCUAUGAUGUAAAACAUUGUAAAAAUAAAGAAAAAUCCUUGAAUGAGUAGGUGUGUCCAAACUUUUGACUGGUAGUGUAUGUGUUCCGACCAUUUCUCAGGGACCCAUAAAACUUUGUUAUACCAGCAAUGUUGUUACAAACAAGUUGUGGUCGAUGGUUCCCAGAUCCUGACCAUUUGCGUUACCGUGUUCUCCCCUCUAGCCCGGGCUUGUGAACCAGAUUAUGACCGCAGCUGACGAGCGUCCCUGGUUGUGGGUGGUCUACGUGCUGAUCGUAGCCGUGCCCCUCGUCCUGAUCAUCGUCUUCUGCUGCACCGGAAAGGUGAGGACCACACUGUGACCACAGACCAUCAAAGGUUGCAUCUCAAUGGUCUCAAGUGUCCACCCCCCCCCUCACACAUUUACCUAUGCAUGGUUAUGGAUGACUACUAUCAUCAGAGAUAAUGUUUUGAUCUGUGUUAAUGUGUAUCUUUUCUCUCUCCCAACAGAAGAAGGCUCCAGCCGCCGCCGACUACAAGAAGACGGACGAGCCCCAGCCAGACGUGAAGGAGGAGGAAGUGGAGGAGAAGGCUGAGGAAGACCAAGUCAAGGAGGAGAAGAGCCAGCCAGGUAAGAACUCUGUCACCAUUUCUCCCCCCCUCCCCUCUCCUCUCCUGAUGUAGCAUCACAAAUAUGUCUAGACAGUGUGUGUAAUUGACAUUUAUUUUAGUGUGUGCUGUCGUGCAUCACCUGAGGGUAUUUCACAAUGCAAGAGCAACAAGUUAGCCUUUCUCAGUAAAUGCUGACUUUGUUUGUUGGUUUCCAUAGCAGCAGCAGAGAAGAAGAGUGAUGCAGAAGACAGCCCUGCAGAGAAAGAGGAAGUAAAUGAGGAGGAGGAAGAAGAAGAGGAGGAGGAGGAGGAGGAGGAGGAGGAGGAAGAGGAAGAAGUAGUCACUGAAGAGGUACGGGGACAGUAAGGCAUGACUUGGUGAGCAUGAUGUGGUUCGUCGUGACUAGAAAUCAGAGCUUACCGCUUGUGUAGAAAAAGAACUGUAACAGCACUUUGUUGACAACUGCUGAUGUAAAAGAGCUGUGUUGAUUGUAUACUUUAUCGUUCAGAAUGGAGACUAUUAUGGCUUGUGUGUAACCCAAAGCACCCUCUCCUUUCCGCCCUCUCCAGAAACAAGAAGAUGACCUCCUCAGAAGGUCCCCCAGAAACAGGAAAUUGAGAAAGGACUGA